CAUGUAGGUCAAUGAAAAAAUGGCUUAGCACUCGUAGCUCCUAUGUACCGUGGCAAGAAAUAAUAUUUAAGUUUAAAUGGCAUUCAGUGAUUUAUGUCAAAUAAGUAACGCGUACAAUGCCGUUGAAAAUGAAUCUGAGUCGGAGCGCAUUAUGGAAGAGAACUCGAUGGUCCGUGAUCUCAUCACCAAAAUCCUGGAUGAGACCGGACCAUCAGACACACCUAGCUGCACGUCAGAUAAACCCUUAACAAGUACACCAGUUAUCAGCCAAUACCCAAAUAAUGAACCUACAAAUGCAUCAUAUAUGCCGCCGUCUAAUUUCAACGCUUACCAAAACUCGCUAUUCAAUUACUCGCCGACCAACCAGAAUGGAUUCAACUACAAUCUCCAACAAAAUGGGUUCAACACAAAUGGAUUUGUCAACUAUCAAGAUGAUUCGACCGGUCUAUUAGGUUUGGAUCCUGUAGGGGACGCGAGCGCCGAAACGGUUACUCCGGAACAACUAAAUCUACUACGUUUAGCGGCACAAGAGAUUGGUGGAGCGCAGUUCACUAAUCCUAGUAAAUAUGAUGACAAAUUCUACAACUACUUUGAACCGAGCCAAAGAAAUUCUUUGAACGAUACGAACCUAUUCACGACCAACUAUAACAGACCAAACAGUCUUAAUCUAGAAAUGAACUAUACAAACUUUGAUAAUUCAUUCAAUACACAGAGAUUUCCGACUAAAUAUGAAAAUACGUUUGUUAAGGAUCAAAACGAUCCAAGCGAGAUAUUAAACUAUUUAAGCCAACUGACGUUAUUGGAACGAAAUCGCGAUGAAUUGUUAAGCGAUUAUAAGUACGAUGUAAAUGCACAAUACCAAAAUGAUGAGUUUAAACUGCAAGAGGAAAGAAACAAGAUGUUUUUCAAUAGAAAUUAUCCGAACAAAACUUACAACGGUGAUUUCUACUUCAAUAUGAAUGAUGAACAGAAUUUUUAUUCCAAUCAGAAUCAGACGAAUCCAAUGUUUAAGCCGAAUGGAUAUCAGGAUUACGCACGACGUGAUAUCCAAAAUGGUUACCAAGGCAACGGGAUAGAAAGAUCUGGGUUUGAGAUGAACCGGGAUGCCCAGGUAGCGCUGCUCAGACAGAACCAGGAUAUUGCCAGACAAAUGCUCAUGAUGAGGAACAGACCUCCUCCUAAUCCGUUGAAUGUGGAUGUGUCAUUUUUACAUGAAAAUACUCCUUUCAACAUUGGAGUGGGUACACUACUGGGCCCCAGUCCGCCAGUGCCGCAGACAGUGCUGUCUUCUCCCUUGGUUGAUUUACCAUUGACACCAUAUCAUGUAUUAAAGAAUAUGAAGCACACAAUAACUCCAUCGGCGAUACUCCACGCGAGACUGGAAGUCUGCUACGAGCAGUGGAAACAGUUGGAAAGGGAACGCAAACGUACUGAAGCGCGCCUCGCACUCGCCUACCCUGGCCGCGCCGUCUCCUCCUCCAACUCCAUCCCUGUGCCGCGUCUCCCACCCUGCCCUACUCGAGUCGAUCGGCUCACUGUUGAUAUGCUGAGGGAACAUACUAAGGUGUUAACACUUAUGGGUAAAAUGGAGACUUUGCGUGCGAGCGUGUGUGUGCAAACAAAGAGACAUAAGCAAGAAGAUCACAAGAUCACAGUACUGAGACGCGGACAGGAGCCCGCGUGCGAGCGAGACAGAGAUAAUGGAUUGGAUCCUAAUAACUUCGAUCCCGCAACAUGGCGUGAUGAUGUCAAGAAUGUAUCGGAAAUGGGAACUUCCUCAAAGAAUCGAAGAAAGAAUCCUCUUUAUAUGAAAUUCCUCCGUCGAUUAAGGAAUGAGAACCAAAUUCAAAGCACAUCUCAGUCGCAGUCGCCGAAGCAACCCGUAGACAAUACUCAGCCUCAUUCCAGCAAGAAUAUUACCGCUGAAACUAAAGAGGAGAAGAACUCACCGAAACCGGAACCAUCUACAUCCAACCAACCAAAGAGCGAAGCUAAACCCGAAGUCAAACAGACAAACAAACAAGCAGACAAGGAAAAGAAUCAGCCUCGCCGCAGUCAAAACUACAGACACAAAGUGAAUCAAGGAAGAAACGAUUUUUAUCAAAAAAAUAGGUACGAUAAUAGAUUUGUACACAAUAGACAUCCCUACCAUUAUCUAGCUACAGGACCUAUUAACUAAAAAACCUAUUUUUCGGGAAAUUUAACUACUAUACGUAUUAUAUGUGAAUGUUACAUUAAAAAAAUUGGGUAAAUUGGGCAUUAAAAUUUUGUUUCUAAAUUGACAAUGAAAUUGCAAUGAUUUAAUUUGUGCUUUUUAAGGAUAUUGUAAAAUUUUUACUCGAGAGAACAUGUUUCAAAUGUUAUGAAACAUGUUUCUAACGCCAAAAUUGACUUUUGCUAAACUAACGCUACGUAUGCCAAAACAUGCUCAAAGUAAUUAAUUAUAUGUGAAUGAUAUCUGGUAAAAAAAAUGCUUUCUGUAACGUACUAAUAACAAAUUUUAGUGUUUCUACUCAGCCUAUAUUUACUUAGAAACAUGUUUCUAAUGAAAAAUGGAACAUAAUUUUAAUGAACACAUUAUUUGGCUUAAAAUUGUUUAAAA